UUGUCUACGCUCCUCCCCCAGGAUGGAAGUUGUCAGCCCGGCUCCUGCCGCUCCGGAUCCGUGACGGAUAGGAGCAUAUGUUGUGACUAUCUUUGGGCAAUGCACAACCGGACUCCAUUUUCCUGUGCACUGGGGAAUUUCUUCCAGACGGCAGAAGAUAUUUCUGGAAUAUCGAGAUCUCACAUCUACUUAAGCUUCAGAGGACAGCAUCUCGCUUGCUAAUCCCGGGAAGCACACGCAAAGUGAAAGUGCCGCGAUGUCGGAGCUUUGUUAUAACCGAGGCUGCGGGCUGCACUUCGAACCCCACAGCAACAGAGAGGAUGCUUGCUGUUACCAUUCAGGCGUUCCCAUCUUCCAUGAUGCACUCAAGGGAUGGUCCUGCUGCAAAAAAAGGACAACUGACUUUUCAGAAUUUCUGGCAAUCCCGGGAUGCAUGAAAGGCCACCACUCUAACGUAAAGCCUCCAGAACCUCUGAAACCUGAAAUGAUGUGUAACAAGGAUCGAACAGAUAACUUGAAGUCACAGUUUGACACUGAGUACAUCAUCAAGGGACCCAAGUCAGCAGAGUCAAUGAAGAGAGAAAGACCAAGUUCUGAUGAACCAGUGGUAAAACUGCCUCAGAAAGUUUCUAAAUCCCUGCAGGAGUCCCUGGAGAAGUUCAGCAAUUCAACUCAGGAAAUAGCCACAAAGAGAGAGGAAGACCCCAGUGGUGGAGUUAAAGUGGACACUUUGUGUAAACAUGCUGGCUGUAACAAGACAUUUCAUGGGGCAGAGAGCAAUCUGGAGACAUGCAGCUUUCAUCCUGGAAUACCCAUCUUCCAUGAAGGAAUGAAGUAUUGGAGUUGCUGCAAGAUAAAGACUACAGACUUUGAAGAUUUCCUUGCACAGCCUGGCUGUGCCAAAGGCAAGCAUCUUUGGAUCAAAAAAGAAGCGGAUAAAAAACUGGUUGGCUGCCGGCAUGACUGGCACCAGACUGGCAGUGUUGUGGUCAUCACAAUCUAUGCAAAAACCUCUAACCCAGAGCUCAGCUACAUAGAUGCUAACCGUACAAUGUUGACUAUUCACAUCAUGUUUGAACAGGAUAAAAUUUUUCACAAAGUAUUAAAUCUAUGGGGUGUCAUUGAUGUAGAGAAAAGCUUUGUCAAUAUGGGCCCAACGAAAGUGGAAAUCAGCCUUAAAAAAAUGGAUCCUGUGACCUGGGCCAAACUUGAACUGCCACCUCACAAAGUUGAAAAGAAGGAAGAGAAAGAAAAGAAUGGAAAAGAAGAGAACGAUAAAGAAAGUAAACCUUUAACCCAGGAGAAAAAAGAAAUCUUUGUGGGAGAUGAACCACCCGCUCUAGAGGAUGAUGAAUCUGAUGACAGUUUAGGACUUUCUGAUACCGAUGAGGAAUUUGAUUAAUAAUUCAUUUGAUGUCGGGUAGCAGUGUUCAAGACUUCACAAAAUGAAUAGUGAAAGACUGCUAUUGUGAAAUUUGACUUAUCUGAUGAGGUCUAAUACAUAACUUUAUGGUGACUGACCUAUAUUUAAGAAUUUUUGGAACUUAAUUUGCAGUGUGGACCGUCGUGUGAUAUGUCAAAUACCUGCAGAUUAAAAUGUAAAACACCAUAGAUAGAAAAUAAAUGAUCAUUUGAUGUUA